CUGCGGUCUUUCAAAGCCUUUAUCACGAGCUGUGAAGUGAUGUUUUGCAGGAGCAGCUGGCACAACAUACCAAAGCUUGGUCGGCGGUGGAUGUCUUCCUUGCAGGGAGAACUUGCAGCUUAUCAGCAACCGCUCACUAAGGUAACCAAGCUUUCGAGCGGCAUGAGAGUUGCCUCACAAUACACACCUGAUGAAACAGUCACUGUUGGCGUGUGGAUUGAUGCUGGAAGUCGCUUUGAAACAAAGGAAAAUAACGGGACAGCGCAUUUCUUGGAGCACAUGGCGUUCAAAGGAACAAAACGGCGAAGCAGAAUUCAGUUGGAGCAGGAGAUUGAGAAUAUGGGCGGGCAUUUGAACGCGUACACCUCCCGGGAACAGACGGUGUACUACGCCAAGUGCUUCAAGAGUGAUUUGCGAAAUGGUGUUGAUAUAUUGGCUGACAUCCUGCAGCAUUCCACGCUUGAUCAGGGUCAUCUUGACUUUGAGAGAGGAGUCAUCCUUCGAGAAAUGGAGGAGGUGGAAAAAACAACAGAAGAGGUGAUUUUUGACCGCCUACAUCUGACGGCCUUCCACGACAGCCCGCUUGGCUACACCAUCUUAGGGCCUGUGGAGAAUAUCCAGUCCAUCACUCAACAGCAUUUGCGCGAGUAUGUAAAGGAUAAUUACCUGGCCGAACGCAUCGUAGUUGCGGCUGCUGGACCUGUGGACCACAGUGAGCUCGUGCGGAAUUCUGAAGAGCUCUUCAGUCAUUUUCGAUCUGGUGGCGGAGCCAGGAAAGAGGAAAAGCCAGCCUUUUGUGGAGCAGAGCUGCUCUACAGGUCUCAAGAGGAAGGAAGCCUGGCACAUUUUGCUGUCGGCUAUGAAGGAGUUCCAUGGACACACCCAGAUUCCCUAACUUUCAUGGUUAUACAGUCCAUCAUUGGCAAUUACAAGAAAAACGAGGGCCUUGUGCCUGCUAAACUGUCCAGCAAUAGGUGCCGCUCUGAGCCUGAGCUCUAUUAAAUGUUGACGCAUUUUUGUGUGGAUUUCUUGCUUUUACGCUGCACCUACCCCACCUUCCUUUUCUCUCUGAUCGCUUAGCAACUGAACUCUCACCAACUCAUCUCACAUCAGCUUACUUUCAGUCACUUUCACUCACUCUCUUCCAUUCACUCACAUCGGUUUUCCUGCCCUUGCGUUUCCCUGCAUUUUGCUCGUUCUUAGGGGGAUAGGAGGUUCUGCUGACGUGCCACACCGUCCC